AUGGACUACUUCCGCGCACACAGUUUUAUCCCAGCCUGGCCAUAUGCGGUUGGGCUGGUUGCAAUAAUAUCUGUUUGGUUGUUUAUCCGUCCAAAGCCUACGAAAAUACCCAUAGUUGGCGAUGCUAAACACCCGAAUUUUAUGGCUGCAUUGGAGGAGGGAUGUCGAAAGUACCCGGAGUCGUGUUUUCAAAUCCCAACUCGUGAUAUCCCAACUGUCAUUGUCCCACGCAAAUGCCUAUCGACCAUUGCUUAUGCCCCUGAACAUAGGCUGAGCCUCGGAAGGGAGGUAUAUGAGCGAUUGAUGGGCCGGUACACCAAAAUGGUGAAGAGUGACCAUUUGGCAGAGUUUGUACGUGGAGGACUAUCAAAGCAGCUUGCAGGGAAUGUUUCUCUACUCCAAGAAGAUGCUAGGUGGACCAUUUCUUCCCAGAUUGGUGAUUGUCCAGAAUGGAAAUCACUUCAGCUUUUCCCUACGAUGGUCAAACUGGUCCCGCUACACAUUGGGCGCACUUUUAUUAAUUCACCCCUUUCUAGGGAGCAGGAAUGGAUUGACCUGACCCUUGAGUAUGCUAUAUCAACUGUCACAAUUGCAGCCAAAAUGUCAAGUACUCACUGGAGCCUGCGUCCAUUCAAAGCCUUUUUCCUUCCUGAGAUUGGGAAGAUGAGUCAACAAUUUAAGCAAGCAAGCAAGUUACUAUUUCCUGUGUUGGAGGCUCGGCUUGGGGGAGAAGCCCGAGAGUCUAAAGAUUUGAUGCAAUGGAUAAUUAAGAACUAUCCAAAGCAGAAGAAUGAUUUGACUCUCCAUACAAGAUUGCAGCUUGAGGCUGUACAGGCGGCAACAUACAAUCUAGCAUUUCAGCUCAUCCAUUUCUUUUUCGAUCUACUAGCUCAUCCAGAAUACAUAGAGCCAUUAAGAGCUGAGAUCCAAACUGUGUUCGAUUCCUGUGGCGGUGCCUGGACACCAGCAGCCCUAGCAGACCUUCGUAAAUGUGACAGUUUUCUCAAAGAGUCCCAGAGAUUGAAUCCUAUUGGCAUUGUCAGUGUAAGCCGUUUUGCUUUGUCAAAGAUCGACUUGCCUGAUGGCACCACAGUGCCAGCAGGUAUUUCAGUCUCUGCUCCGGCUAUGACUGUCAACACAGACUCGUCCUUGUGGGAGUGCCCAACGCAGUUUGAUGGUUAUCGAUUUGAAAAAUUGCGCCAAAGCAAGGGUAACGAAUAUAAAUACCAAUUCUCUUCUAUAAGUUCCUCGGAGUUGAACUGGGGAUAUGGAACGCACUCAUGCCCUGGACGCCAUUUUGCAAGCAAUCAAGUGAAAGUCAUUAUCGCAGAACUACUUAUGAAAUAUGACUUCCGUUUCGAGGAGGGCAUAUCGGAUAACGAAACACCCAAACGGCCGCCAAAUAUUUUUGAUGGUGUUCGUAUCAUGCCAAACCCAGGGGCCAAUAUAAUGAUACGGUCUAGAGAUGUGGAUAUUUAG